UACUGGAUAAAGGCUACGACAAAAACCAUGAUGAUAAUGGAGUCGAGGCGGUGGAGGAUGUCGGAUUUACGAGAAAGGACUGUUGAAAUUUGACAGAGGGCUCGUGUUGAAAACCCGUUCUCGGUUUAUUUUUUUCUUUCAUUCUGUUCGAUUUCCACAUGCUGCGUGGACACUGAAGGCGAGCAGAGGAAAGGGGAGCACCCCACGGAUGCCUCGGAAGGUAAAAACGGGGUCCACCGCUGGCGCUUACAGGCAACAAGACGCAUCUCAUCUCACGGAUGGUAAUAAAGGACAUCCUGAAGAUAGCUCUGGACUGAUGGAUGAGGAUGAAACACAGCUUUAACCCCCCCCUCCACCCGACCACUGUGAAAUAAAGAAAAUCCUGUUUUGAUGGAUUUUUUUAAUCAUUCAUGGUGUAGCCCCAAGGAAACGAGCCUUAGACAGCAAUGUUGAAUCACUGGUCUUGGUAAAUUAUUCAUUAGUGGUGUAGGUAGGCUAUGAUUUUGUAUUGCUUUAAUGUAGCAUUUCCCCUCAUUCACUUUUACAAUGUUUAGUCUUGUGAAACCAUACAUAUAUUUGCAGGUUACAUUUUUAUCGUGUGGUUAUGUAGGCCCAUUUAACAGCCUUUAACAGCCACAUAAGAAAGAGUCAAAGCAGGAGCGCAGGAAAGCUUUCAUAUCAAGGAAAAAAUAAAAAAUAUCUGUGUAGUGAGGGGUUGUCGAGCUGUCUGGGCUUUUAUAAAGAUUUACAUAUUUUCUUGUAAGAGUCUAAAGAGGGGGAGGACGGGGGUGGAAAGAGAGAUAUAAGGAGAAAAAAAAACGACCAAACAUGUUGCCUUCCCAAGAAGCCUCCAAGAUCUACCAUGACAAUUAUAUGCGCAACUCCCGAGCCAUCGGGGUGCUGUGGGCCAUCUUCACCAUCUGCUUCGCCAUCGUCAACGUGGUGGUGUUCAUCCAGCCCUACUGGAUCGGCGACAGCGUCAACACGCCGCAGGCCGGCUACUUCGGCCUCUUCCACUACUGCGUGGGCAGCGGGCCGUCGCCCAGCCGGGAGCUCACCUGCGUGGGCAGCUUCUCCGACUUCAGCUCCAUCCCGUCCGGAGCCUUCAAGGCGGCCUCGGUGUUCGUGCUGCUGUCCAUGGUGCUGAUCCUCAGCUGCAUCGCCUGCAUGGCGCUCUUCUUCUUCUGCAACACCUCCACCGUUUACAAGACCUGCGCCUGGAUGCAGCUGCUGUGCGGAGUGUGCCUGGUGCUGGGUUGCAUGAUCUUCCCCGACGGAUGGGACGCCGAGGUGAUCCGGGACAUGUGCGGGGAGCAGACGGGGAAAUAUUCCCUGGGUGAUUGCUCUGUACGCUGGGCCUAUAUGCUGGCCAUCAUGGGCAUCCUGGACGCCCUCAUCCUCUCCUUCCUGGCCUUCGUCCUGGGCAACCGGCAGACAGAUUUCUAUCUUGAUGAUUUGCAGACAGACAACAAAGAUUUUGCUGUGUCAAGGAUUGAGGUGCGGGACAGAAGAGAGCCAAGGUACGGAGUGCAGCGUCUUCACUGAGGGCAACAAUGGCACUGGACAACUUCUCUCCUCUUCUCUUCUCUUCUCUGUCUGUUUCCUUUCCUCUCCUCUCUUCUCCCCCUCUGCUCUCUUCUUCUCUUCUCUCCAAUGAUCAGGAUAUCAUCCAAUCUUAAUGCAGACACCAAGUGUACAGGAUUCUGUAAGAUAAAAAAAAACAACAAAACACACUGGGAUAAACUAUAUUUUGAAAAAAAAAAGUAUACAAGGUUGUACAGUGCAUUUAACACUCGA